AUGGCUAAGCAAUAUGAUGUGCUCUUCCGACUCCUGCUUCUCGGAGAUUCGGGGGUUGGAAAAACAUGUUUAUUAUGCAGAUUCACGGAUAACGAAUUUCACCCGUCUCACAUUUCCACAAUCGGAGUCGAUUUCAAAAUGAAGACGCUAGAGAUAGAUGGCAUCAAAGUGCGGAUACAGAUAUGGGACACAGCAGGACAGGAGAGAUAUCAGACCAUCACUAAGCAGUACUACAGACGAGCACAGGGAAUCUUCCUGGUUUACGACAUCACAAGUGAGCGAUCCUUCCAGCACAUCAUGAAGUGGGCCAGCGAUGUGGACGAGUAUGCUCCUGAUAACAUACAGAAGAUCCUCAUAGGGAACAAGUCAGACGAGGAGGAGAAGAGGCAGGUAGCUACAGAACAGGGCAACAAGCUGGCCAAGGAUUAUGGGAUGGACUUCUUUGAGACAAGUGCCUCCACCAACUAUAACAUCACAGAGUCCUUCACACGAUUGGCUGAGCAGGUCCUGGCAGCCAAUAAGAAGGACCUGGACCUCCUAAGGGCGUCGGUCACAGACGAGCUCAACCUCGCCGCCCUGGAGGAGGAGGAGGGCAUCACAGACGGGGCCACCGCCUCAAAGAAGGGCUGCUGGUGUUAAGGACUGGGCCUGGU